AUGGCUUGGGCUUCCCUUUUUGGCGCGGCGCGCGCGGCCGCUGAUUUCUCAGCGCCGGGCGGCGCCGCUGACUUCAAAAUGCGGCCGCUGCUGGACUUGCAAGCUGGCGCGGGGGAAGGGCCGGCCAGGGCGGGUGGCGAUGAGCUCGUCGUCGCAGACGGUGCAGAUGUCUCGGGCGACGAGUCUCAGUUCAGCAUCAUCAGCGCGCGCUUCAACAACGACCACAUCAAGGUGGCUGUCGCCGAGAAGUAUUUGGAAAGGAGCAGCAAUAUCUUGAGGCAGGCAGUUUCGCCUGCUUUGCCCAGCGGCAUCAGUGCGCUCUUGGACAAGCGCGCGAAGCUCGCCCUGGGCUCACGCGUGCUCCGGGCCAGCUCGCUGGACCAAUGUUUCGGGCGCGAGGAAAUUGAGAGCGCGGGCCUCGACUGCGCCGCGCGCGCCCUCGCGGGGGACCGAGGGUUCGGCGAAAUUGCACCCACCGUGAACGAGUUCAACAAGGUGGGUGCUCAGCUGAGUUCGCUGUCGCGCGGGCCGCUGCAUGCGGCGUGGCCCGCAAGGGCGCUGCGCGGUGCGCUGCUGCCCCCGAACGCCUCGAAACUCACGUGGGCAACUUGCGAUUUCGGCAUUCGUUUUCCGCGGCGAAGCAGCUCGGGCAUGUCGCCCAACGAGGAUGGCGUGCCCCAGCGCCUGCGCGCCCUCGGCGGCGCCGGCCCGGCGCUGGCCGCGGGGGCGCCGGCGGGGCCGCCGGCGCCGCGGAGCGCCUGGGGCCCGCAGGUGGCAGGGCCAGGCGGCGGCUGGCAGUGGGCCUCCCCGAGCGGCGCGGGGGACGCCCCGGGCACGUCCGCCCUGGCCCAGCUGACGGGGCAGGUGCGCGCGCGGGCGGGCGUGCUGUGCCUCGUGCUGGUGCAUUCAUGCUCCGAGCUGCUGGGCGUGAGGUUCGCGGGCGCGGCCGCCCCGGCGCCCGGCGGCGACCUGCGGGGGGGCGGCGCCGGCCUGCAGUUCGCGGGCAGCGCCGAGCGGUUCCAGGUGCUCCUGCUCCUCACCGAGCUCAGCCUGCACCUCCUCCACGCUCACCUCGGCGCGCUGUGCGCUGCCGCGAGCGCCGGCGGCGCCGCGGUGGCUGCGGCCGCGGCAUCGGUGACGGCGCCGCCCCCCGGCGUGCCGCGCCGGGCGCUGGUGGUGCGGUGCCUCAGGGCGCUGCGGCAGCUCUCGUGCCUCGCGGGGGGCGCGGUGGCGCUGGAGGCCGACGAGGACCCGACAAUUGCACCGGGCAGAUCUUCUCGGAAGGUGCUCGACUUGUCGUUCGCGGCCAGCGUGGCUGAGGGCGUGGAGGAGCUGAUGGAGGGCCUGCAGGUGCUGUGAGACCAGCGGGGGGGGCGGGCGAGGCGAGCGGGCGCCCGGGAAAUCUCCACCGAGGCAGGGGCGAUCCAGCGAGAGUUCACGUUGUUGAGCGGUUUGGCCUCCUUGCGCGGCCCGCGGGCGCGCGCCCACGCGCCGGCGGCUGUCGGGGAGGCGGCGGCGCCGGCGGGGGCGCAGCGGUCGCCCGGGUUUGCGGGCUAUGAGCCGCAGGUGCAGGCGCCGUGGCGGAGAGUCCACUUCAUGGCAUGUCAGACGUCUGACCCAUCUGGAAUCUGCGCUGGCUGAUACUCUUCGUUCGAAGUUCGUGGCAGGUGCAGGCCACGAACUUGCUGUGAGAUCCGAUCGCUUGGCGACAG